AUGGCUGUUACAGAACCAGUUACUUCACCUACUGUUGAAGAAACCCAAGAAAAAGAAAUAAUCCCUUCGAAGACUGGGGUUUUUCGUAGAUUUAAGAUGAGGUCUCGAAAAUCUUCACCCCACAUUGUUCGUAAACCACAACAUACACAUCAAGGUGUAUUAUUCAGGGAAGUUCCAGCGCCUGUUUCUCCAUCAUCAAAGAAACGAAUGGCUGAAAAAUGUGGCAAAACAGUUGACACAAACGAAAACGAAGAAGUCCAAAAAACUUAUCAUUGCCACUACUUCAACAGAAGACGAAGAAAGAAUUCCUGA